GAAACUAGAGCAUCAAUCGGCACAGAAGACGAGAGGGGGGAGAAAAAAAAAAAAAAAGAUCAGCAAACAUUGGACCGCCGUCGCAGACCGCGACACCGUCCGCCCGUCUUUGCAUAUCGCCGGACGGACAUGCGAUUUACAGACCGGGGUGUUGUGUGAGUGACGCCUUGUUACCAUGACGACCCACGUGACCCUGGAGGAUGCCCUGUCCAAUGUGGACCUGCUGGAGGAGCUGCCCCUCCCGGACCAGCAGCCAUGCAUCGAACCGCCUCCCUCCUCCAUCAUGUACCAGGCUAAUUUUGACACCAACUUUGAAGACAGGAAUGCAUUUGUGACCGGCAUCGCCCGUUAUAUAGAGCAGGCUACAGUCCACUCCAGCAUGAAUGAGAUGCUGGAGGAAGGACAUGAGUAUGCUGUGAUGCUUUACACCUGGAGAAGCUGCUCCAGAGCCAUUCCCCAGGUUAAAUGCAAUGAGCAGCCCAACAGAGUGGAGAUCUACGAGAAAACGGUGGAGGUGUUGGAACCUGAAGUGACCAAGCUGAUGAAGUUCAUGUACUUCCAGCGGAAAGCCAUAGAACGCUUCUGUAGUGAAGUGAAGCGUCUGUGUCACGCUGAGAGGAGGAAGGACUUUGUGUCUGAGGCCUACCUGCUCACUUUGGGCAAAUUUAUUAACAUGUUUGCAGUGCUGGACGAACUGAAGAACAUGAAGUGUAGCGUUAAGAAUGAUCACUCUGCCUACAAAAGGGCUGCUCAGUUCUUGAGGAAGAUGGCCGAUCCUCAGUCCAUCCAGGAGUCCCAGAACCUGUCAAUGUUUUUAGCCAACCACAACAGGAUCACUCAGUGCCUGCACCAACAGUUGGAGGUGAUUCCUGGCUAUGAGGAGCUUUUGGCAGACAUUGUCAACAUCUGUGUCGACUAUUAUGAGAACAAGAUGUAUCUGACACCCAGUGAGAAACACAUGCUGCUUAAGGUGAUGGGCUUUGGUCUGUACCUGAUGGAUGGGAACGUGAGUAAUAUCUACAAACUAGAUGCCAAAAAGAGGAUCAACCUGAGCAAGAUCGACAAGUUCUUCAAGCUUCAAGUGGUGCCCCUGUUUGGAGACAUGCAGAUCGAGUUGUCCCGCUACAUUGAGACAAGUGCUCACUAUGAAGAAAACAAGUCCAAGUGGACGUGCACCCAGAGCAGCAUCUCGCCACAGUACAACCUGUGCGAGCAGAUGGUGCAGAUCAGGGAGGACCACAUCCGUUUCAUCUCGGAGCUGGCGCGCUACAGCAACAGCGAAGUGGUGACGGGCUCGGGCCUGGACAGCCAGAAGUCCGACGAGGAAUACAGAGAGCUGUUCGACCUCGCUCUGAGGGGUCUGCAGCUGCUGUCCAAGUGGAGCACGCACGUCAUGGAAGUUUACUCGUGGAAGCUGGUUCAUCCCACGGAUAAAUUCUGUAACAAGGACUGCCCCGGCACAGCGGAGGAGUAUGAGCGGGCCACGCGAUACAAUUACACCAGUGAGGAGAAGUUUGCCCUGGUGGAGGUCAUUGCCAUGAUCAAAGGACUGCAGGUUCUGAUGGGCCGAAUGGAGUCUGUGUUUAACCAGGCCAUCAGGAAUACCAUCUACGCAGCCCUGCAGGACUUUGCCCAGAUGACCCUCAGGGAGCCUCUGCGCCAGGCUGUACGCAAGAAGAAGAACGUCCUCAUUAGUGUUCUUCAGGCCAUCCGAAAGACUGUCUGUGACUGGGAGGGGGCGAGGGAACCUCCAAAUGACCCCUGUCUGAGGGGGGAGAAGGACCCGAAAGGUGGUUUUGACAUCAAGGUUCCCCGCAGGGCUGUUGGACCCUCCAGCACACAGCUGUACAUGGUGCGCACCAUGCUGGAAUCAUUGAUAGCAGAUAAGAGUGGGUCUAAGAAGACCCUCCGCAGCAGUCUCGAUGGACCAAUAGUGGUCGCCAUAGAAGACUUCCACAAGCAAUCCUUCUUCUUCACACACUUGCUCAACUUCAGUGAGGCCCUGCAGCAGUGCUGUGACCUGUCCCAGCUGUGGUUCAGGGAGUUCUUCCUGGAGCUGACCAUGGGUCGUCGAAUCCAGUUCCCCAUUGAGAUGUCCAUGCCCUGGAUCCUCACCGACCACAUCCUGGAGACCAAGGAGCCCUCCAUGAUGGAAUAUGUGCUGUAUCCUCUAGACUUGUACAAUGACAGUGGCUACUACGCUCUCACCAAGUUCAAGAAACAGUUCCUGUAUGAUGAAAUCGAGGCUGAGGUAAACCUCUGCUUUGACCAGUUUGUCUACAAGUUAGCAGAUCAGAUAUUUGCAUACUACAAAGCGAUGGCUGGGAGUGUCCUCCUAGACAAGCGCUUCAGAGCAGAGUGUAAAAACUAUGGGGUGAUCAUCCCGUACCCUCCAUCAAACCGCUAUGAGACGCUGCUCAAACAGAGACAUGUACAGCUGCUAGGUCGCUCCAUUGACCUGAACCGUCUGAUCACCCAGAGGAUCUCGGCAGCGAUGUACAAGUCUCUGGAUCAUGCCAUCAGCCGCUUUGAGAGUGAGGACCUCACUUCCAUAGUGGAGCUGGAGUGGCUGCUGGAGAUCAACAGACUAACCCACCGACUCCUGUCCAAGCACAUGACCCUGGACAGCUUUGAUGCCAUGUUCCGUGAGGCCAACCACAACGUCUCCGCUCCCUACGGGCGCAUCACACUCCACGUCUUCUGGGAGCUCAACUUCGACUUCCUCCCCAAUUACUGCUACAAUGGCUCCACAAACCGCUUUGUACGCACAGCCAUUCCAUUCACCCAGGAGCCUCAAAGAGACAAGCCAGCCAAUGUGCAGCCUUACUACCUGUAUGGAUCCAAGCCUCUGAACAUUGCCUACUCCCACAUAUACAGCUCCUACAGAAACUUUGUUGGCCCGCCUCACUUCAAGACCAUCUGCCGUCUCCUUGGUUACCAAGGCAUUGCGGUGGUGAUGGAGGAGCUGCUAAAGAUUGUCAAGAGCCUGCUACAGGGCACCAUACUGCAGUAUGUGAAAACACUGAUAGAAGUCAUGCCGAAGAUCUGCCGCCUACCACGCCACGAGUAUGGCUCCCCAGGUAUCCUGGAGUUCUUCCACCAUCAGCUCAAGGAUAUCAUUGAGUAUGCUGAGCUGAAGACAGAUGUCUUCCAGAGCUUAAGGGAAGUGGGAAAUGCCAUCCUCUUCUGCCUGCUCAUCGAGCAAGCUCUGUCCCAGGAGGAAGUGUGUGACCUGCUUCAUGCUGCCCCCUUCCAGAACAUUCUGCCCAGAGUCUACAUUAAAGAGGGAGAGCGUCUGGAGGUGAGGAUGAAAAGGCUGGAAGCAAAAUACGCCCCUCUCCACCUUGUGCCUCUAAUCGAGAGGUUGGGAACCCCGCAGCAAAUUGCCAUUGCUCGCGAGGGCGACCUGCUGACCAAAGAGCGUCUGUGCUGCGGCCUUUCCAUGUUCGAGGUCAUCCUGACGCGCAUCCGCAGUUUCCUGCACGACGGGGUGUGGCGCGGGCCUCCGCCCACCAACGGUGUGAUGCAUGUCGACGAGUGUAUGGAGUUCCACCGCCUGUGGAGCGCCAUGCAGUUCGUCUACUGCAUCCCUGUGGGCACGCACGAGUUCACAGCAGAGCAGUGCUUCGGGGAUGGGCUGAACUGGGCCGGCUGUGCCAUCAUUGUGCUGUUGGGACAGCAGCGUCGCUUUGACCUCUUUGACUUCUGCUACCACCUGCUCAAAGUCCAAAGACAGGACGGCAAGGAUGAGAUCAUCAAAAAUGUGCCCUUGAAGAAGAUGGCAGACCGCAUUAGGAAGUACCAGAUCCUCAACAACGAGAUCUUUGCCAUCCUCAACAAGUACAUGAAGGCGGUGGAGACGGACAGUUCCACUGUGGAGCACGUUCGCUGUUUCCAGCCUCCUAUACACCAAUCCCUGGCUACCACCUGUUGAAAUAGACCCUUCACAUAUAGCACACAUGCACACACACACACACUCACACAGACACGCAAACACACACACACACACACACAUACACACAUAGCUGUGAUACUAAUUUCUGCCUCUUCCUGGUCUUGCAAAGGUAUAGAUUACCACGAUGGCUCCACAUUGGCUUCAGGAAUCCAAAGACAACAUCUUCUCAAACUGUCCCUCUAUCUAAAAUGUGUCUGUCUUUGAAUUCUUGAAGCGUUAACUCCUGGAAGUGGACCAGGCCAGAGGUGGAAGUGUAUAUUCACACCUUUUCUUUCUUUUUUUUCCUUUCUGUGUGGCUCUCACUCAGACUCAUGCAUGCCUUCUCUUAUUCCUUCCGUUGCACACCCGUGGAUCGGACACAAAUGCCAAAAGAGUAUCUCUGUCCUAUAAUCUGAAGCCACCGUCUUGUUUGAGGUCGCAGCCAUUGGGACCCAUAAACGCCUUUCAGAAUUUGCAAUCAAGAGCUGAGACAAAAGUAAACCGAAAAGGUUUAAAUAAAAUACUAAAUAAUGCAACAAAGAACUAAUUUUCUAAGUUAUAUACAGAUCUUUUAAGUGAAACAUGGUGCUCCGAAGUGCUACUACAGACACUAACAGUACUAGCACAGGCACCUUGUACACCUGUGCUACCAUUAUGCGUGUCCUCCAUUAUGACCCAAACCUGUUUGUCAUGAUACAUUUCAAACUCUUCACUCAUCUGUAUAAUGAUUCGGUCUGCCCAUGUUCAUGAUAGUGUCUAUCAUGAUGCGUCUGAGUACUUCUUCCUUACUCUUUCUUCACCUGCUUGCUUUCAAAGGAGUGAAGGUACAUCACAGUUUUGAAUUGCUUUUAUUUCUCUCACGCCUCCCAUCUGGUUUUCUUGCUUCCUCCUGACACAUUUCUAUUCGGUACCAGUUCCACUGUAAAUUUCACUGUUGAACUAAGUGAAGUGUUGAGUGUUGUAAUUGUUCUUGUUUUUAAUUCUGAGUAUUUUAAUUUACACAUCCUUGGUAUACUUGCCUCUCUACUACUGGCUGGAAACCUCAUCAACAGUUUUUUUUUUCGUUCUCGCUUUUGUCUGUUGGAAAGAUUUUUAUAUUCUGUACAUGAAUACAGUGAUAUUAUUUACAGUUUGGAAAAGACACAUCUUCAUCUGGGUAAAUGUUUGCUUUUUCAAGCGUUAAAAAAACAGCAACAAAAGAAACAAGAUUAGAAAAUACCUCUAGGUUGUAUAAAGACAGUGCUGUACUAGAUUAACCUGUUUUGAGUGUGAAUGAAUGAUGUUGGUCUAGCAGACCUAUGAAAUACUCUGCACAUAACGGAAAAAAAUCAUAACUAAUCUGUCAGUCAUAAUUAAAGGGCAGUUUCCUAAAUAUAGUCAGUAUUUACUAUUGUUGGACUUUUUGCUUUAGAUUUAGCAGUGUUAUCAAAAUAUGCAAAAUUUGUCCCUAUUUUUUUUUCAUAUGAAGGAGAACAAAUGAGUUAUUAUUAAGAAGAAACCCUCCCCAAACAGCCCUGUGAUCUUUUUCUGCUCCGUUUUCAAUGAACAAACUUUCUUUUGUAACUCCAGUGUCUUUUUAUCAUAUUUAUUCAACUCUGACGUAUUGUUCAUUUAAAGGUUAAUCUAGUAAAAAUGAAGGUACCAAUGUAUCAUCUCAAAACCUUAGCAUGGCAAGUGUAAUUUAUUGUCAUCAAUGGCUCCAUUUGUGACAUGAGGCUUUGUUUAUGAUAUUGUUGUACAAGUGACCAUGUUUUGAAGUACAAAAAAAUGGAGAAAAGAAUAUAAAAUGUACAACAAUGGUCCUGCAAAGGAUUUGAAAUUAUGUUGUAUUUCCAUGAAAUAAAAAAUGUUUAACU